AUCCCGACAUUAGUGUUAGGGGCUCGGAGACACAGAGCGCGGCCAUAGACACCGCCGCACCGGCACUCAUUUAUUUAAACCUCCCAUCACACACGCGAGCACAGGACACACACACACACACACACACACACACACACACACACACACACCUAUCAGAUCCGUUUCCAUUGAAGAAUAUUAACGCUCGGGGACAAGCCAGGUGCACGACCAAAAAUUAAAAAAAAAAAAAAAGAAAAAAAAAAAGAAAGGAAAGAAAAGAAGAAAACCCCUCUUCUGGCUCCAGGAAACAAGCUUCAACCCAUUGCACACACCGGAGAGAAGGGGUUCCCCCGCCCGCCCCCCAACUCCCUCCCCGCUCCUCAGUGUCUGCCUGUCUGCCCCCACGGGGGUUUAUUUGAUCUCACAUUAACCAAGGAGGAGAAUGUGAGAAAAGAGGGAAAAUGCCCAGGAGGAAGCAGGAGCAGCCCCAGCGCCUUCCCUCACAUGUUAGUAGACAGGACGAGGCCGAGGGAGAGCUCAGCGAAGGAGAACACUGGUAUGCGAACUCUUCAGAGACUCCAUCGGAAGCCUCUUAUGGCGAAGUCCAGGAGAACUAUAAGCUGUCCCUGGAGGACCGGAUCCAAGAGCAGUCCACGUCCCCCGACACCUCCCUGGGAAGUGCCACCCCCAGUAGCCACACGCUGGAGCUGGUGGCGCUUGAUGGUGAGGUCCUGCGAGACUCGCUGCAGUGUCAAGACCAUCUUUCCCCUGGAGUGUCCUCUUUGUGUGACGAUGACCCACCAGGUUCCAAUAAACCCCUGAGCAGCAACUUGAGACGGCUGCUGGAAGCUGGGUCCCUCAAACUUGAUGCCACAGCCACAGCCAAUGGCAGGGUGGAGUCCCCCGUGAACAUUGGCUCCGGCCUGUCAUUUUCCCCGCCCUCCCACCAUGCCCAGCAGCUCAGUGUCCUGGCCAGGAAACUGGCUGAGAAGCAGGAUCAGAAUGACCAAUACACUCCAAGUAACCGUUUUAUAUGGAAUCAAGGUAAAUGGUUGCCGAACUCAACCAGCACCUGUGGCCUGUCCCCGGAUUCGGCCAUCCUCAAACUGAAAGCUGCAGCCAAUGCUGUUCUGCAGGACAAGUCUCUGUCCAGGACAGAGGAGACCCUGCGGUUUGAGUCCUUUUCCUCCCCCUUUAGCUCCCAGUCCGCCAGCUCCACGUUGGCAGCCUUGUCUAAGAAAGUGAGUGAAAGAAGUCUGACUCCGGGUCAGGAGCACCCACCUCCAGCCAGCUCUUUCCUGUCCCUGGCCUCUAUGACCUCUUCUGCGGCCCUUCUGAAAGAGGUGGCUGCCAGGGCAGCAGGCAGUCUCCUAGCUGAGAGAACAUCCCUGUUGCCUGAGGACCCUCUCCCACUACCACCUUCUGAGAAGAAGCCAGAAAAAGUCACACCGCCACCGCCACCGCCUCCGCCUCCACAGCCGCAGUCCUUGGAAUUAUUGUUACUCCCAGUCCCCAAGGGAAGAGUGUCCAAGCCCUCCAAUUCAGCCUCAGAAGAAGAAAGCGGAAAACCCUUCCAAUGUCCAAUAUGUGGUUUGGUUAUAAAAAGGAAGAGUUACUGGAAGCGACACAUGGUGAUUCACACAGGUUUAAAAAGUCAUCAGUGUCCGCUCUGUCCAUUCCGGUGUGCUCGCAAGGACAAUCUCAAAUCUCACAUGAAGGUUCAUCAGCACCAGGACCGGGGAGAGACCUUUCAGUGCCAGCUGUGCCCUUUCACAUCCUCGCGCCACUUCAGCCUGAAACUGCACAUGCGUUGCCAUCAGCACUUCCUGAGGACAGAGGCCAAGGUGAAGGAGGAGAUCCCAGACCCAGAUGUCAAGGGAUCUCCCCACCUCAGUGACAGUGGCUGCCUGGAGCAGCAAAGGGAAGGAGGAGGGACAGAGCUAGUGGGGACCGUGAUGACGUCUAACACUCCAGAGAGGACUAGCCAGGGUGGGGCUGGCGUCGCACCUUUGCUGGUGAAGGAGGAACCCAAGGAAGAUAACGGCCUGCCCACCUCCUUUACCCUGAAUGCUGCUGACAGGCCCGCCCACCACACAAAGCUGAAAGACCCCUCCGAGUAUGUGUCCCACAGUGCGGCAGCAUUGUUCAGCCAGGACAUCUCGGUUAAGAUGGCGUCCGAUUUUCUCAUGAAGCUGUCAGCUGCAAACCAGAAGGAGCCUAUGAAUCUUAAUUUUAAAGUGAAGGAGGAGCCCAAGGAAGAGGAGGCCUUGCCUCGGUCCAGCUACGUGUUCAGCCCGGAACCAGAAGUGGCGACACCUACCAUCUGCGAGGAUCCGCUAAAGUCCCCGGAAGGGAAGGGGAAUGUGCUAAGGCGAGACAUGUCCAUCCAGGCCGCCUCGGAACUGCUCAUGAAACUCUCAGCGGAAAGCUACAAGGAGACACAGAUGGUGAAGGUUAAAGACGAGCCCAUGGAAGUGGACAUCCAGGACUCCCAGCUCUCCGUAUCACCCAACCGGAACGUUGGCUACAGCACUUUAAUGGGGCGAGAGAAAACCGAACCCUUACAGAAGCUUCCAGAAGGCAGAGUUCCCCCGGAGAGAAACCUCUUCAGCCAGGAUAUCUCUGUGAAGAUGGCUUCCGAGCUUCUUUUUCAGCUAUCAGAAAAAGUGAGCAAAGAGCACAAUCACAUGAAGGAGAACACCAUCCGGACGACCAACAGCCCUUUCUUUUCAGAAGACACAUUUAGACAAUCACCAUUCACCUCCAAUUCAAAAGAUCUGCUGCCCAGUGAAUCUCUGCUGCAUGGAAGAGCAUCUGCUUCAGAAACAGAAAAGAUAGUCCUUGAGGCAGGAAAUGGAUUGCCAUCCUGGAAGUUCAGCGAUCAGCUCUUUCCUUGUGAUGUGUGUGGGAAAGUAUUUGGCCGACAGCAGACGUUGUCUCGACACCUGUCACUGCACACAGAGGAAAGAAAAUACAAAUGCCACUUGUGCCCCUAUGCUGCUAAGUGCCGUGCAAAUCUGAACCAGCACUUGACCGUGCAUUCCGUGAAGCUGGUGAGCACAGACACCGAGGACAUUGUCAGCGCCGUCACCUCAGAAGGCAGUGACGGGAAGAAACACCCCUAUUACUACAGUUGUCACGUUUGCGGAUUUGAGACAGAACUCAACGUCCAGUUUGUCAGCCACAUGUCACUCCACGUGGACAAGGAGCAGUGGAUGUUCUCCAUCUGCUGCACGGCCUGUGACUUUGUCACCAUGGAGGAAGCAGAGAUAAAGAAUCACAUUGGCACUAAGCACACAGGGGAAGAUAGGAAGACUCCCAGUGAAUCAAAUAGCCCCUCUUCAUCCUCUCUGUCAGCGCUAAGUGAUUCAGCCAACAGCAAAGACGACUCAGACAGCUCCCAGAAAAACAAGGGUGGGAACAACUUGCUGGUCAUCUCUGUUGUGCCUGGGAGCCAGCCCUCACUGAACAGUGAGGAAAAGCCAGAGAAAGGGUUCGAAUGCGUUUUUUGCAACUUUGUCUGCAAGACGAAGAACAUGUUUGAGCGCCAUCUGCAAAUACACCUCAUCACCCGGAUGUUUGAGUGUGACGUGUGCCACAAGUUCAUGAAGACCCCCGAACAGCUGCUGGAGCAUAAGAAAUGCCACACUGUCCCCACCGGUGGGCUCAAGUAAGGAAACUCAGGACAGUGGUGAGUUUCAGACUCCUCUAGGUGCCCAUUCUGCAUUUACUCCACCAACCGCCCUGCUGCCAUGGAGUGCCACCUCAAGACCCACUACAAGAUGGAGUACAAGUGCCGGAUCUGCCAGGCGGUGAAGGCUAACCAGCUGGAGCUGGAGACGCACACCCGCGAGCAUCGCCUGGGCAACCACUACAAGUGUGACCAGUGCGGCUACCUGUCCAAGACCGCCAACAAGCUCAUCGAGCACGUGCGCGUGCACACGGGGGAGCGGCCCUUCCACUGUGACCAGUGCGGCUAUAGCUGCAAGCGCAAGGACAAUCUCAACCUGCACAAGAAGCUGAAGCACGCCCCCCGCCAGACCUUCAGCUGCGGAGAGUGCCUGUUCAAGACCACACACCCUUUCGUCUUCAGCCGCCACGUGAAGAAGCACCAGAGUGGGGACGGCGCCGAGGAUAAGAAAGGUCUGAGUCCAGCCCCCCGAGAGCCCGCUGGGCCCGGGGCCCCACUCCUGGUCGUGGGGGGUGCCCGGAGCCUCUUGUCCCCGCUGUCGGUCAUGUCUGCCUCGCAGGCCCUGCAGACCGUGGCCCUGUCGGCUGCCCACAGCAGCAGCUCAGAGCCCAACCUGGCACUCAAGGCCUUGGCCUUCAACGGCUCCCCGCUGCAAUUUGACAAGUACCGGAACUCGGAUUUUGCCCAUCUCAUUCCCUUGACAAUGUUGUACCCCAAGAACCACUUGGAUCUCACAUUCCACCCUCCCCGACCUCAGACUGCGCCUCCCAGCAUCCCCUCACCCAAACACUCCUUCCUCGCCUAUCUCGGACUCAGAGAAAGAGCAGAGACUGUCUGAGGGCAGCCACGCUCCGUACCAAAAACCGAGAGACAGACAGGAAAUAAAACAAAAAAACCCACAAAACUUAAAUACAACCCCAGCAGGUGUAUGUUGCUGCAAAACUUACAGGCCCCAGGGGUCUGAACCACGUGUACUGUAUAUCUUUAGUAAGGAAUAGAGAAUUGGCUCUGUGUGUAUACCUAUUGCAUUGACCUGAAAGCUGCUUUAGCCAAUCUUCAGAGAGGUGAUCUGCCGCCCGCUUCUACCUUCAGAGGCAUGCCUACCCAGCCACCCACUCCCAGCCCUCCUCGCACUUCUCUCUGAAAGGAAUUUUGUCUUGUUAAACACUAAAGAGAGUGUCCUUAAUAGCAAUCAGCACUUGUAAGCUUCUCUACUGGUGCAUUUGGUUUUCUGUUGGGUGAGUGGGUUGUAUGGAUUGGGAAAGAGAAAGCCGUGUGUGUGUGUGUGUGUGUGUGUGUGUGUGUGUGUGUGUGUGCACGCACACGUGUGUGGUGUGCCAUAACAUUUCUAUUGCACAUUCUUUUUGGACUGGCUUCUUUAACAGUAAUGAACAUUCCCUUCUUUCCCUCCUGGGCUGUUCAUCCACUACAGUCUCCCCAAGCUCUUUUCGCCUCCUUCCCUGUCCAUUUUAUGGCUACAGAGUUAUAGGGCCUGGUGUGUAUUUAGUGGCUGAAGGAGUGGUAGACAUCUGCAGUGUGGCAGGACAUUUCCAAGAGAGUGCCCAAAGCUUGCUACUCGAAUCUCCUCCAUGUAGGAAGAACAUGGGAAGAACUGGGUGAUAGGUCUGUAAGAGAUGUCUUGCAGCACUGCAGUCAACGUCACAGAACUUUAGUGUACUCUGUGUGAGGCCACAUGAAAACAGGUGGUUUGGUGUGCACACAGAGACUACAUGUUUUAAAGGCAGGUUAGACACGUGCGAUGUGUUGGUUCAGUCAUCACCAUUAUUUGCAGGAAAAAAAUAUUGUAUGAAUGGAAAUUUUUAUGGUUGAUAAAUCCAGCCAAGGAGAUUAAAGGGGGUUUGGAUCCAUUCUGGGUAUAAAUGCUCAGACUAAAAAAAAGGGAAAAAAAGAAAAAAAGAAAAAAAGGAAAGAGAGAAAUGCAGUUUUGCACAGUGCUUUGGGCUUGCACUAGUUUCUCAUCGGGGGGGGGGAAAGAUAAGAUAAAAGGAAGAAAAUGCACCUUUUUAUGGAGUGUGUAGACUGUAUGUUUGAAAAUUGAGCCACGACCUUUUUAACACAUAAGGACACAACGAAAAGGUGCUGUUUACGCCUGCGCUUCAGUUGAUGCCCCUGUGGAGCUCCCACGUUUGCAGAGCCUCUGGCUGUAGCUGUACCCUCAUGUAUUAAUAAUCCUGUAUUCCAUUCUGUUAACGCCUAGGAUAGACGUAACCUGCUAGGAGGCUAACUCCAUACUUAUUUAAAGCUCUUAUUUUGUGGUCAUUAAAAUGGCAAUUUGUGUGCAGCACUUUAUUCAGCAAGAAGCAGGCGUGGCUCGGUCGCAUAGCCCUUUGCUCACCUUAAAACGUAAUGGAUGAUUUAAAAAAGAAAAAAAAAAAUCUUUGGUUGAAUAUGUUCAUUGCUGGUAUUUGUAAGACGGCAGAAUUUCCAGUGUGCAACGGGAGGAAGUGUGCUUUGUAUAAGAAUGGGAGGUUUGGAAUCUAAAAGUUUUUAUAUUAUUUAAUCUGUUGAAGAGCUGGCAGGAGGAACUCUUUCCCUACCUUCGGUUAUCCCAGAAGUGGGGUUUCCUUUUCAUCGGUUUCACCAGGGGAGAAUAAAAGCAUCCCUGGUUUUUCUUCCUUUAGUCAAAUUGCUUCACUGAAAGCACCCAGCAGUUAGUGCAGUUGGACAAGCCAGAAGACUAUACACGCCAUGGGCUCCCUCUCCCCUUCCAGCGGCCCCCUUCCCAUACCUAGUAAGUGUCUGCACCCCACCCCCACCCCUGCCUGUCAUUCAGCCGUGGGUGGGGAGCCUGCUCAGUGCCCUGGCAAACUAGUUUACACUACAGAGAUGUCCACGGGGCAGGGAGACCAACCAAGCUAGGGCAGGGAACUCCCAAAGCCUCAGUCCUCCAGCAGAGACCUUUGUUCUUGGCCUUGUUUGAAAUAUUGUUCAACUUGCCAUGUCAGUAUCUCAGUGAAAGACACUAUAGACAGUUCUAGACAAUACAUCCCCAGGGUCACUGGGUUUAUUGUUGUUUUUUAGUUUGUUGGGGUUUUUUGUUGUUGUUUUGUUUUAAAGUCAUGUCUUUAUGCCCAUCUAAUGGAGAAUGUGCCACUUGGCUAAUAAUAUGUUUUCAAAACUACAAGUUCAG